UCGAGGCCAGUCACCACCUCCUCCUCCUCCUCCUCCUCCUCCAGCCAGGCGGACCGCGCCAGUCCACUUCUGUGGGGGCGACACCCAGCCCGCAGGCCACACGCCCCGCGUGUGCGGCGCCUUUAUUUACUUCGCUCACGAGCCAUCAGCCCCCCUCCUAACAAGUCUGGAAAGCAUUUCGGUGACGCGAUGUUGGGGACACUGGUCUGGAUGCUCGCGGUCGGCUUCCUGCUGGCCCUGGCGCCGGGCCGCGCGGCGGGCGCGCUGAGGACCGGGAGGCGUCCGGCGCGGCCGCGGGACUGCGCCGACCGGCCCGAGGAGCUCCUGGAGCAGCUGUACGGGCGGCUGGCGGCCGGGGUGCUCAGCGCCUUCCACCACACGCUGCAGCUCGGGCCGCGCGAGCAGGCGCGCAACGCCAGCUGCCCGGCCGGGGGCAGGCCCGCCGACCGCCGCUUCCGGCCGCCCACCAACCUGCGCAGCGUCUCGCCCUGGGCGUACAGGAUUUCCUACGACCCAGCUCGCUUCCCGAGGUACCUGCCUGAGGCCUACUGCCUGUGCCGUGGCUGCCUGACCGGGCUCUUCGGUGAGGAGGACUUCCGCUUCCGCAGCGCUCCUGUCUACUCCCCGGCCGUAGUGCUCCGCCGCACCGCGGCCUGCGCGGGCGGCCGCUCAGUGUACGCUGAGCACUACGUCACCAUCCCGGUGGGCUGCACCUGCGUGCCCGAGCCCGACAAGGCCUCAGACACCGCCAACUCCAGCAUGGACAAGCCAGGAGCCAGGCUGCUGCUCGGGCCCGGCGACAGGCCAGCAGGGCGCUGAUGCCAGGGACUGGCCGCCACCACCCAGCUUCCUUCGUGCAUCUGUUUCCCCAACCCAGACCCUACCCCACCCCCGCCGCUGCCCACUUUUUCCGGAGGGACAACUACAUAAGCCUUAAAUAUAUUUGUAUUUUUCAAAAUAGACACUACAUACCUAAGGCUAUUUUGAAUAGAGGCGGAAACUAUUUUCGUAUUAGUAAUUUAGAGCAAGCAUGUUCUUUUUAAAACUUCCUUGACAUACAAGCAAAUUAUAAACAUCCGUUUUCCUCUAAUAGGAUUCUUGAGCGCAUAAUUGUGGUGCUCAGAUGAACUUCUGUUAGCUGACACUGUGUCCUCUCCCUGAGUUCAGCCUGUUGCUAGGGCUCACCAAGAGAGCAUCACACAGAUGCCCCGAAUCUGUGCCCCGAGGCCUCUCAGGUCCUCGGAGAGAGAGGGAUUUGAGGGGCCUCCGGGUUCCGGAAACCAGACUCUCUCUUGUUCUUUAGCAUAUGGAUGGUCUCAACUUUAUGACAACUUAGUUUUUUUUGGUGUUUUUCUUCCACUUUUAAAAGCCACUGGCCUCAAUUUAUGGCAGGAGGUGGAAUGUGGCUUCUUAGCCAGUUCUCAGGGAGCUCCAAGUACACAUGGGCUUAGUUUUAUGGGCUUCUGGAUCAGCCAAGCCUGCGGAGGAAGGAGGGCCAGGUCUCCAGAGUGUGGGGGCCUCCCUCUGGGUGUGA